GCGUAAACGUUUUUAGGUGCACACUGCUGACAAUUCACAAAAAUAAUACACAUAACUCUUUGAUAGAAAUUUUCUACAAUUAAAAUACAAGGUAAAAGCCAAAUGGCCAGUCGUGGUGCUACAACAAUAAUCACCGCCACGACUGGCGUUAUCCAAACCACUGUGACGUCCACGGCAAACGCAUUGCAAACAAUAACCAAUGUGCUCACUGUGAGUUCUGUGCAUUCAAACAACGUGAACAUUUCAAACAAUACAAAUAGCGGAGUUGCUGCUGGUACUGGUGCUGGAGGUGGUGGUGGAGCAGGAGCAGCUGGUGCUAACGAUGGCCAUGCAACCGACAACAAUGCCGACAAUGGCAAGCCAAUGUAUCCGCGUCUGUUUAACAAAAUUGUGCUAACGCUGGAGAACAGUCUCAUACCGGAAGAGAAAAUUGACGUGACGCCGUCGAGUCAGGACGGACUUGAUCAUGAAACGGAAAAGGAUUUGCGCAUACUUGGCUGUGAGCUGAUACAAACGGCGGGCAUAUUAUUGCGUCUGCCGCAAGUGGCCAUGGCUACUGGCCAAGUGCUGUUCCAGCGUUUCUUUUACUCGAAGAGCUUUGUGCGCCACAAUAUGGAAACGGUUGCCAUGAGUUGCGUUUGUCUUGCCUCCAAAAUUGAGGAGGCGCCACGUCGCAUACGCGAUGUCAUCAACGUCUUCCAUCAUAUCAAACAAGUGCGGGCCCAAAAGGAAAUAUCACCCAUGGUGCUGGAUCAGUACUAUACAAAUGUGAAGACGCAGGUGAUUAAGGCGGAGAGACGCGUACUCAAGGAACUGGGCUUCUGUGUGCAUGUGAAGCAUCCACAUAAGCUGAUAGUGAUGUACCUGCAAGUGCUGCAGUAUGAGAAGCACGAGAAACUGAUGCAAAUGUCGUGGAAUUUCAUGAACGAUUCCCUGCGCACGGAUGUCUUUAUGCGCUAUACGCCGGAGGCGAUUGCCUGUGCCUGCAUUUAUUUGAGCGCACGCAAGCUCAAUAUACCGCUGCCGCAUAGUCCGCCGUGGUUUGGCAUAUUCCGUGUACCGAUGGCCAAUAUUACGGAUAUUUGCUAUCGGGUGAUGGAGCUUUAUACACGUGCCAAGCCCGUCGUUGAGAAACUUGAGGCAGCCGUGGAGGAGCUGAAGAAACGUUACAUCGAUGCACGCAACAAGACCAAGGAGGCAAAUACGCCGCCAGCUGUCAUUACCGUAGAUCGCAAUAAUGGAUCGCAUAAUGCCUGGGGUGGAUUCAUCCAACGUGCCGUGCCGCUGCCCACUGAAAAGUCACCCAAGAAGGAUUCACGUUCACGCUCACGCUCCCGGACACGCACCCAAUCACGAACGCCUCGAUCACGCACGCGCAGUCGCUCGCCGAGUCGCGAUCGCAACAAGAAAUCCCAUCGUGAUCGCGACAGAGAUCGUGAUCGUGAACGCGAGCGUGAUCGGGACCGUGAUCGUGAUCGCGAUCGCAGUCGCUCCUCCAGAUCGCGUUCACGUUCAUUGCCCAAGCACAAAAAGAAGUCGCGUCACUAUUCGCGAUCCCCCACGCGGUCCAGCUCACCGCACAGCAAGCAUCGCAAGAGGAAAUCGUCGAGAGAACGCACGGAUUACUAUAUAAAAAAGGAACGCUCCAGCAACACGGGCAGCAACAAUAUAAGCGAUAGCGAUAAGUACCGCAACUCUGGCUCCAAUUCCAAGUCGCACAGUCGCUACUCUUCACAUCGCAGCAGCGGUGGUGGCGGAGGCGGUGGCGAAGGAAGAGGAGGAGGCGGAGGCGGUGGUAGCAGCAGCAGCAAUCGCGGCCUUCACAAGCAUCGCGAAAGCGAGCGUUCAAGAGAUCGGAAACGUUGACUAGAAGAUGAUUAAAAAUAAUGAUUGUACCGAGAAUUGCUUUUUUUUACAGUUUAUAAUUUAUUUCAAUUGCAAAACAUUGCGCUUAAUUGUAAAUUCCAAUUUUAAAUGUAUAAAUGAAAGAGAAACUAAUAAACAAUAAUUGUAAAACUGCACAGAUGAUGCCUGAAAUACAUUAUAAAUCUAUAAGUUCUA